AUGUCUAUCCUCGUCAGGUUAGAAUCUCAGCUGAGGGCAAAUAUUUUCAAAUGUAUUCAACCGUUCCCUUGUUUUUUGGUAACUUUUCGCAAAAGGAAGAUUCAAAAAAAAUUUCACCCCCUCCUAUUCUUAUUUGAGACUCUAAAAAUAGCAUACAGAGUUAUUACUGCUUUGUGGAGUCUCCAGAAAGAAAUAAUGCUGUUAUUGGUGACAAAUAGACAUGACCUAUCGCCAACCAUAACUUCGACCCUAUUUUUUUUGCUCACUGUGCUUUAA